GCGCCGCUCCUACGAAAGAGAUAUUUAUUUUCUACCGCCGCAAUGAAUCCUGCUAUGUUAGAACCGGGAAUUUUUCGCCAUCCACGUCCUAAAAGAUCCGUCCUACCACCUGCCAACAAAAAGAGAAAGACAGAGCACAAAAUCGAGGAGAUCUCAUUCGAUAAUGAUGCACGAGCAGAUUAUUUGACGGGAUUUCACAAGCGAAAAGUGCAGAGAAUUAAGAGAGCACAAGAAGAGGCGGCGAAAAAGGCGAAGGAAGAGCACAGAGAGACGAGGAAACAGCUACGAGAAGAGCGGAAGAAAGAGUUAGAAGACCAUGUCGAAGCCGUCAAUAGAGCUGUCAAGGAAGCAGAGGGUUUGUUCGCAGAUCCAGAGACUGAAGAGGAGGUAUGGAAUGGAAUUGAGGAAGAGGAGGUCGUAAUAGAACCCAUCGACCAUGAGGAAGAGUAUAUCGACGAGGACAAAUACACAACAGUCACGGUAGAAGCUGUCGAUGUCUCGAAAGAAGGUCUGCAGAAGGUAGUUGAUUUGGAAGAAAGUGAGGGUUCAGAUGCAGAAGCCCCUCCACUUGUUGAGACCGAGGACAAAGAGAAGAAGCAAUGGCCAAAGAAAGUCCGGAAGAAAAAGUUCCGUUACGAAACCAAGGUCGAAAGGAAAGUCACCAGAGCAAAGCAGAAGUUCGGAAACAAGUCCAAAGCUGAAGGUCGGAAGAGUAACAAUUGACCAAUGCACAACGAUCAAAGGCAGAACCAUAUGAUAUGUGAUCUCCGUUGAUAUCAACUGACAAGCAAAGCCAUCGUAGAAACAGUGUACCACCGCCAACGCACACGAUGUAUAACUGCAAUUAUCUUCUCCGCUUCGUAUCUUUCGUAUCACCCAUCAAUGAACAAUUCACCAACCCUCCCCCCAAGAUACAUCCACCGUCCAUGCAGGCGAUUU